CACCAAAUUAAUAAGUGUUCUGUGACCAAAUGUCACGUUCACUUUGUCAACAAAAAAAAAAGUGUAAAUUGUAAUUAGUUUAUUUAUUAAUGAUUUCAAAUCAAUACAAUGUUACCGAGGCUAUUUAAGCUAGAUGGUGAUAUUCGCAAGCAUCAAAUAAACACUUUAAAAAUAUUUAAUGACAAUGUUGUAGAAAUUGUCGAAGGCGAGGAAUAUGACAUUCAUUUUAACUCUGGAGGAAAUAAACUUUGUUUAAAAAUAUCAUUAGGACAAGAAUUUCCUAAAGAAAAGCCUCUGUUAAAAAUAGUUCCUACUGUUAUUCACCAUUGGAUAACAGGCGAUGGAGAUGUUAAAUCUGCUCCUGGGUUACUUAAUUUUACAGUACAUUCCGAUUUAGGUAGAGUAGUACAAGCAAUAAUAAGAGAAUUUCAACGAAAUCCACCUCCUAUAGCAUUGAAUCAUUCUGCAAAUAUAUCUCCAACUGUAACAAUAAAUGGUGAAAUUAGAGCUAGUCCUGUAAGUUACCAGACAUUUCCGAAUAUAAAAAAUUUUUCACCUCCUCCGCAGCUGGGCCACAUGAGCAGCCUUGUUCAUCAGAGUGUAGCACUGCCAGAAUUAUCUGCUUUAUCUCUAGAGGAGCUGCAGUUUUUAAAUGAAAAUAGUGAUAGACAAGAUGACUUUAUUGAUGAACUGCCUCCGAUUAGGGAGCAAAAUAAAGCUUUGGAUGAUUUGAUAUUACAGGUGGAAGAAAUGGCUGUUGCAAAUUUAUCAAAGACAGAGAAAUUGGAGGAAAUAAAAUCUGAUAUUGACAGUAGAAUGGAAACUAUUGCUAAACUCGCCUUUGAAAAUGAGAGACUGUAUUCAAUGUAUCAGCAAUUAUCAGAUAAAUAUGCUCCUAGAAAUAUUCAAGAAGCAUUAAAGCUAGCAGCAGAAAAAGCAGACAAAGACAGCGAAAAAGUAGCAGAAUCAUUUCUAAAUGGAGAAAUAGAUGUCGAUAAGUUUCUCAGCGAUUUUAUCAAAAUAAAAACUGUAUCACAAAGUAGAAAAACCAAAGAAGAAAAAUUAGGGCAGCAAUUGGAUAGAUUAGAAAAGGCUGGUUUUUAAUUUUUCUUUAUAUAGUAUUUAUUAUAUAUUAUUAUGUAAUACAUUAGUUUUACUUUUUUGUAAAAACUGUAAUUUAAUUAAAUUAUUUUUUGUACUA